GCCAGUCAGUGCGCCUUGUGCUAUCACAGCGAGAGGUUGUGCUGCCUUUCUCGGUUGCAACUCGGCCGUGUUGUGUCGCGAGACGUUUCUUAGCGGUAUUUUGAGUUUGCCAUAUCUUAGUGAAUAUUUUCCCACCAGGAACACUCAUUAGCAUCAUCGCAAUUGUUGACUCGUGAACAUAGCUAGCGUGACACCAACUUGACAAUAGCUCCCUCGGUCACAGGGCUCUUGUUCCCCUGAAAUAAGUGUACUUGCCUCUAGGCACGCAUACUUUUGCCGACCAGUGGGACGAGAAGCGUGUUUGACCGAACACUGCAGCCACCACAGGUGUCUUGCGUCGCUGCCUGUCCAAGUGUGUGCGAGUUUUGCCCCUCCCUGCCGCCGCCACCGACCGCGCCAACGCACCCCCACCUGCCCCUCACAUCUCUACAGCACAACAAGCUAACGUAAACUCCAACAGAGUCGUGGAGCUUUCCUCUGUGGUAGGAGUGGAAGGGGACAGUCAUGGACAAGAUAACGUCGUUAGCGAACAUGCCAUCAGCUGGUGAUGGUGGUGGGCCGCCAAGGAAGCGGUCUGCUGACCAGCUGAAUGAAGACAUGGAUCGUAUGUUUGAGGAUGAGGGGGCCAAGGAGGACUUCUCCCUGAGCCAACUCUCCUCCCCUGCCAUGACCUCCAACCCGUGGUCCCCUGGCUAUGGUGAUGACUCUCAGGUCUGCGAUGCUGACGAUCUACGGAUUCAUGAUAGUGACAUCAAGUACCACCGCAGUGAUACCUUCCCCCAUGUGCAUUCCCCACUCAAGCCCCAGUACCGCCAGGGGAGUCGCCGCGGCAGCCGCAAGUCACGCAACUCUGAGUCGUCACAGGACGCUGAUAAGCAUGAGAAGGAGGAGAAGGAGGAACCAGAAACAGCAAAGUUGUUAGAGAAGGACGAGAAGGACAAUGACAAGGAGAAGGAGAAGAAGGACACUGGAGUCUUCUUCCAAAUUGGUGACCCUGAGCUUGCUGAAGGAUGGUCCGUUGGGACUGAAACACGUGGUAGAGGUCACAAGGAUUCAACAAUGGAGUCAGAUGCAGAGGAGCAUUCUCCACUCCUUGCUGAUGCUGCCAAGCCUAAGUCCAUUAUUCGAAUGGCUGAACCUGAACCAACAUACAUCGAUGAUUCAGGUGAGGAAGAGCAGCCUGAUUUGGAGCAUAGGACCCGUAAAAGGCGCUCCCACAAGAGCAGGCGGAGUGAUACUGCUGAGGACCCUGCUUGGAGGCGUCACCUGGGCAGCGAACACAACCUGCAGUCUUGUGCUUCAAUUUCAUCAGCCCCAACCACAGAGGAAGAGGCCAUGAACCUUGCUGAGCAUGACCUGGAUGUGAUGUCUAGCCAUAGGUUUGAUGACCCCAGUGCCUAUCGGCGGCCCAAGGUUCGGGCACGCUCUUCUGUGUCUUCCAUCAUCCACGUGAGUCACAAAGACGAAGGUCAUGUGAAGAAGAAAGCUAAAUCCACAAGUGAUCGGCAGCUGCCCAUCAUGAAAAAAAGCUAUGACCACAGCCCCCAUGAGGUGUUUGUGGAACUGGAUGAGCUGAAAUACACUGAGGCAGGGCUGCAGUGGAAGGAAACUGCUCGUUGGAUCAAGUAUGAGGAAAACGUAGAGGCUGUGGACAACCGCUGGGGAAAGCCCCAUCUGGCCUUCCUCAAUUUCCAUGCACUCUUCUCUUUGCGCAAGGGCUUGGAAGCAGGCGCGGUGCUGCUGGACCUGGAGGAGCGGGACCUGCCAAGCAUCGCCGGCCGGGUUGUGGAUAAGAUGAUUGCUUGUGACCAGAUCCCGGCUGACCAACGCGAGGCUGUGAUCCGAGUCCUGCUCCUCAGACACAAACACAUCCGCGAAAACCAGUCAUCCUUCAGGCUCCCCUCCCUCGGCUCCAAGAGCACCCUAGUCAGUUCCGACGAGAAGCUAUCGCGGUCUGCAACGGCCGGCAGCCUAGACGGCGGCAGCCUGCGGUCCUCGGUGCGCAAGGCCGGCCUUUCAAAUCUUUUCCACGUUAACACCUUUUCUAACUUCCUCCGCCACAACUCCGUCGACGACGCGACCAAUGUCGUAUCCAAUGGUGAUGUCUCGAAGGACAACGUAGCCAUCAAAAGAAGCGUGAGCCACGAAUCCUACACACAGAUUGACAUUGAUGGUGAUGGAGGUCGAAAAGACGAUGUUUGUAAGAAUAAGGAAUUGAUGAAGAAGAUUCCGGAAGGCGCCGAGGCCACGGCAGUACUGGUGGGUGCCGUAGACUUCCUGAAGCAUCCCACCAUCGCCUUUGUCAGACUGGCUGAGGGCGUUAUGAUGGACAACCUUGUGGAGGUGCCCAUUCCAGUCAGAUUCAUGUUUGUGCUCUUGGGUCCCUUCCAUGGCGAGAUGGACUACCAUGAAGUGGGUCGAUCCAUCUCCACCCUCAUGUCUGACAAAGGCUUCCAUGAGGUGGCUUACCGAGCACACUCACGCGGGCAGCUGCUCUCCGCCAUUAAUGAAUUUUUGAAUGCUUCCAUUGUCCUCCCCCCAACUGACUGGAGUAACAAAGACUUAGUUCCAGUGGAUGAAAUUCAAGAAAAAGCCAGUCAGAUGAUUAAGAAAAAAGAAAGCAUCAGAUCUAAACGCAUACAGGCAGAGCAAGAAACAUCAGUAGCAGUAGCAGGAGCUGGCGAUGGAGGAGACAAGAAACCGCCCCCUCGAGAUCCACUAAUCCGUACUGGAAAGCCUUUCUAUGGCCUUGUGCAGGACAUCAAAAUCCGAUAUGCACUUUACCUCUCAGAUCUCAGGGAUGGAUUGGAUGGGCAGGUAGCUGCAGCAGCCAUAUUCAUCUUCUUUGCUGCCCUCUCAGCUGCCAUCACUUUUGGUGGAAUGUAUGGUGACAAGACAGAUGACUUUGUUGGUGUUGGUGAAACACUUCUCAUGUCUUCUGUAAAUGGUCUCAUCUUUGCUCUGUUUGCUGCUCAACCUCUCCUCAUUGUAGGAGCAACAGGUCCACUCAUGAUAUUUGAUUUGAGUCUCUACUCGUUUGCCAAUACUUAUGAACUAGACUUCCUGUCUCUAAGAGUCUGGAUUGGAUUCUGGAUGACAGUGUUUGGUUUGCUGGUUGCUGCAUUUGAAGCAGUUGCUAUUGUGAAGAAGAUGACAAGAUUCACAGAAGAGAUUUUCUCCACUUUAGUGUGUAUCAUCUUCAUCUACGAAUCCUUUGUGAAGCUCAUUGAAAUCUUCAAAUUGCAUCCUCUCAUAGCAGACUAUGGAAAUGCUACCCAAAUGAUAAAACAGGAAGAGAUGGCAAACAGCACCCUCCCCAACACCACCAUGGAACUCCUAAAUGAGACCGCCUCCGCCAAUGGUAUUAUUGAGAACGGAACUCUGAUAAAUGCCACUGACUCCAAUGGUGAUGAGGUGACUGUAGUACUACCACAGCCCAACACUGCUCUGCUCUCCUUCAUUCUUAUGUUUGGAACAUUUAUCAUUGCCUUCAAACUAAAGCACUUCCGUAACUCAAAGUAUCUGGGACGAAGUGUACGUCGAGCCCUGGGAGAUUUUGGUGUCCCAAUCUCCAUUGUCCUCAUGGUUCUCUUGGACUUCUUCAUUGAAGACACCUACACUGACAAGCUGACCAUGCCUAAGGGAAUCCAGCCAUCCAACCCAGCCGUGCGAGGAUGGCUCAUCAAUCCAUUCGGUGUAACUAAGGCCCUUCCAGUGUGGUGUAUUUUCAUGGCAGCACCAGCAUCUCUCCUCCUGUUCUUCCUUAUCUUCCUGGAAGAGAACAUUUGCCACCUGAUUUUAAGCAAACCAGAGAAAAACAUGGUCAAAGGAUCAGGAUUCCACUGGGAUAUUGUGCUCUCCUGUAGCAUCAACUUGGUCUCAGGAUUGUUUGGUGCUCCCUUCAUGGGUCCUGCUUGUGUUCGAACAGUCUCCCAUACUUCAGCUCUUACAGUCAUGAGCUCUACACAUGCCCCUGGUGAAUCUCCAAAAAUUGUUGGAGUAAAAGAGCAGCGAGUGAGUGCCAUUGUGGUGUCCGUCCUGAUUGGAUUAUCUGUGCUGCUGGGAUCAGUGCUUAACUUGGUGCCAAAGGCAGUGUUGUUUGGCAUCUUCUUGUACAUGGGUAUCUCCUCAACAGCUGGCAUCCAUUUCCUUGAGAGACUAAUUCUUGUGUUGAUGCCAGUCAAGCACCACCCUAAUGUUCCCUAUGUAAAGAAGGUGCGCACAUGGAAGAUGCAUGCCUUCACUGGGAUUCAGCUUCUGAUGGUUGUGAUUUUGUGGAUUGUCAAACAGUCUCCAGCAGCUCUCUGCUUCCCCUUCGUUCUCAUGCUUCUCAUCCCAAUCAGACUGUAUCUUCUUCCAUAUGCCUUUACAAAUCCUGAAUUAAGUGCGCUUGAUGGUAAGGAGGCCUCUGUUGCCACUGAUCCAGAGGAUGAGCCUGACUUCUUUGAGGAGACUCAUGGUAUACCUACACAUGUGGAUCACCACCAUCAAAGCUGAGCUGUUGUCCAAAGAUUUGUCCACUACUGUUACAUUCCUCAGAUAAUUCCAGUUGUUGAUAGGAGGCUUAAUGUUAAUUCUUUCUUAUUCCUUUUCAACUUUCCUUGACACUUCCACAAACUAUCUUCCACUAAUAACUUUGGUGGUUUUUAAAAGCAAGAGACUUUGGCCAUGAUACUUAAAAUGGUCUCUUCCUUGAUAUGUUUAUAACAAAAGAGCCUUCAGAGGUAGCCAGUGUGUACUAGUAGAUGUCUUUAAAGACACUGAAGAAUAACCACAUGGCCACUUGUUUGCACAGAAAUAUUUUUAUCCCAUCAUUGAUUUUCUUUACAAAUAUUCAGUAGAAUCAGUCUGCCAGUAGGGCUGAAAAUGUGAAGACAGAAUAGGAGUAGCUUUCUGUACUUUAAGGAGACUCACAAAGACUUUGUUUAUAAGUAGACAAAAGGCAAUAUGAUGAAUGUUCCGUCCAGAAAUAUUUACAGAAAUUGCAGUUAAUGAGAGAUAUACAAAAUAGUUAGUAAGUACCAUAAUUAAGUAGUUGCUCAAGUUAGCUUAUAGUAAUUAAAAGAAUGUAAGCUAACCAAACUGCGUUAUGAUAAAUACAGUAUUUUAUAAUUUAUGGGUUCUGAAUUAAUACAUCAGUGUGUAAAAUAUCAAAUUUUUUUUUUUCUUUUCUUGAAACUAAAUCUUUUCUUCAUUAUCAUUUUUCCCUGAUUAACUAGUGGCCUUUAAGUGUGCUGCAAGUCAGCCACCUCAUCCUCCUAUAAACAGUGAAAAACACUGAAAAAAAGUGAGUGCCAAACUUGUUAUAUUUGUUUUUUUUUGUUUUCUGUGCUGUACAUAAGUACAUUAUUGUGACUAGUAAGUGUUUAAGAUAUGAAAUCAACAAACUGAAAAAAAUAAAUAGAAAUCUUGGAUAUUCAAUCAAUAAUUUUCAUCUUUUCAUGCAUUUAUUUGGUUACUAUAUGGACUUCAUAUGCAGUUGGGGGAUCCCCCUCAAUGUACGUUCAGAUAUUAGUGUCAUAUGUUUUAUGGUUGUAUUAUUUAUGAAUAAUAAUAAUUAUAAUAAUAAUAAUUUGCAGUUUUAUGCACAAUGAUUCACAUGAAUCCAUUAUGUAUUGCUAUGGAUGAAUAUUUGCUAAGAGUAAAUCUUCAUCCUUGGAUUUUCUGUAUAUAAGAGUGAGUACUGUUUACUCCAUUGUUAUAUAAAUAUAUAUAUAAUUGAUAAUGCUCAUCUCCAAAUAUUCAUGUAUAUACUUAUAGUGAAAUGAGAAUAUAUAUGAAAAUUAAA